AGAAGCAGGGGCCGUCCUUUCAGUUCAAAUUCUGGAGCAGGAACCGCGGGGAAUUCGGGGCAGAGAUGCCUGAACCAACCAAGAAAGCAGCAUCUGCAUUUACCAAGAAGCCAAAAACACUUGAGGUGACUGCUCGGAGUGCAGCAGAGUUUGUGGCUGAAACAGGCAAGGCAGAUGCCAAAGUGAAAUGGCAAAGAGAUGGCAAAGACAUUCAAGCAAGUGACAAAUACGUGAUUAAAUCAGAAGGAGUGCAACACAGGCUCAUAGUCAACAAUGCAGCAAAGGAGGAUGAAGUGGUGUACGCAGUCAUUAGUGGUACUUCCAAAGUGAAAUUUGAACUGAAAGUCAAACAGGAAGAGGGAAAAGAGACUGCUGGAAGUCAUGCAAACCCACCAGCAGCAGCACCAGCAGCAGCAGCACCCAAAGCACCAGCAGCAGCACCCAAAGCACCAGUUCUGAAGCCAAUUUUCUGGCUAAAGUGUUAA